CUUUUUACAUGACUAUAAAACAGACUGUUCUUCCCUAUCUGUGACAAGUUCACACAGGAGCAGGAUCAUCAACUCAGAUACGCUUGCCAACUGUCAAUGAUAAUGGCUUAUAUUUUAAAAAGCCUCUUGUUUGUGUUCAUCUGUCGUACAACUUAUGGUGGUGGUCGUGGUGGUGAUCCUCUUCCGGUAAAAGCUGCAUUUACAGCGACGUUACCCGGAGGUGCUAAUCAUUAUGGGCUAAAUGAAAAAAUCAGAUACAAUCAGAUGCUUUGUACGGAUGAUGGUUACAAUUAUCAUACGGGUACUUUUACAGUUGGUACAGGAAAGGCUGGUAAUUACUUAGUAUCUGUUACUAUGAUGUCAGGCCUACAUGUCACGGCUCACACUACUCUAAGGAAGAAUGGAGCCAUUUAUGUGUGGCUAUAUACUGGUUACCAUUAUGACAUGGCAACCCAAACUGUUUGCAUGAAACUGGCAGAUGGGGACAAGAUUUGGGUGCAAAUGAACAACAAGGCAUCGAGUCUCUUUGAUGUUUAUAACACUUUCACUGCAGUUCGGAUAAAUUGAUGUACCAUUAACAUGAUUAAGACGAUACAGUUUUACGUUUUGACCCCAAAAAAUAAGCAGUGAAUACUAUUCAAUAAAGUUUACAAUUCUGUCAA